AUGGGUUGUACUUAAGCUAAAAGUUCAAAAUAAAAUGGGCUAAGCAGCCACUAAACUAGAAAACGUGAAAGCAAUUUUGAUAUCACUAUGAGGGCUAUACAAAAUAUAAAGCAACAAAAAGAGGUAUAAAAUGAUAAAGACAAUUAAGAUCUCAACAGAGAAUACAAUUAUAUAUUUGCAUUCCAAAAAAAUACUUAAAACCGUUAAACGUCAGAUGACAUUUACCCUUAGGAAGAGUCGUGA